GAUUGAUCAAAGUCUGGGGUGGGCCUAGACCUCUACAUUUUAAACAUACUCCUCAUUUUAAUUUAGGGACCCUUGUGAAAUUAAUCCCAGAGGAGGUUUGGGCCAUGUCUUCUGAGUUGAAGGGCUGGUUCCCUGCCUGGCCUGAUGGGCUUUGGGAAGGGACAGAGGCCUCAUUCUCUCCUGACUUAAUGCUGCCCUCUCCCUUGUCUCAGGGCUCAUUCAUCUUAUGCCUUUUCACCCCACAUUCCUCUACUUUUGACCUCAGGAAAUGACUUCAUUAACUAUGAGACAAAGGUAAACACAGGAUGUCAAACAACCAACAGGAGACUGAGGUCAGAGUAAGGGAUGUGAAAUAUAUGCCUUGGGUAGGGAUCUGGGGGAGGGAAGAGUUUCAGAGAAAGGAUAUGCUGUCAGAAGUUUCUGUGCUCAAGUACCUAAGACUAGGAGUUAGCUAGGAUCACCUACUAUGUGUCUAGCACUGCAUAACAGGAAGUGUUUUUUGGGUAAGUGGAAAAUAAUGGGAAUAAGCAGUGCUUCCCCCCGCUCCACCACCCUCAUGAUUCUUUCCAAUUCACUGGUACCAGUGCAUUUUUAGAAUGUAUAACUUAUGUUUCUUUGGUCUGUAGAUUUUCCAGGCAUCUGUCUGCCUUUGGAUUGUGGAGAGUAGGGAAGAAGUUCUAGUUGGGUAUAAAUUGCACAUAACCAUCUCCCCAGCCUAUCUACAUAAUGAGACCAGUCUUCUGUCCUGAAAAUGUUUCCCAGUUUAAGAUUAUCUCCUGUUCCACUAGCCUUUCCUACCUAGUACAAUUGAUCAUGGGCCUGAGGAAGACUAGAAGAAAGCCAAAACUCAGAAAGGCACUCUGGGCUUGGAUUGCAUAGAUAGGUAUGGGUUUACAAACAGCUGGGUCUGUAAAGCCACAGGUGGCGCCAGAGUAAGGAUCUCAGGGAGAGGCUUGCGGGCCCAGGAACUACACUUCCCAGGAGGCCUUGCGUAGGCGCCUGAGGCGGAGCUUACGGAGGGGCGGGACCUGCUGACGCUCGCUUGUGAGGCAGUGGUGCUGCCGAGCGUAGAUGGCUGGGCCAGUGAAGGACCGAGAGGCCUUCCAGAGGCUAAACUUCCUGUACCAGGCCGCCCACUGUGUCCUUGCGCAGGACCCCAAGAACCAGGCGCUGGCGAGGUUUUACUGCCACACGGAGAAGACCAUUGCAAAGCGGCUGGUCUUGCGGCGAUCACCAUCCCCCUCCGCCUACAGGGACCCCGCAGUGAAGAGGACCCUCUGUCGUGGCUGCUCUUCGCUUCUCAUCCCUGGCCUCACCUGCACCCAGCGUCAGAGACGAUGCAGAGGACAGCGAUGGACAGUACAGACCUGCCUAACAUGCCAGCACAGCCAACGGUUCCUCAAUGAUCCUGAUCAUCUGCUCUGGGGAGACCGGCCUGAGGCCCAGUUGGGGAGCCAGGCAGAUCCCAAACUGCCACAACCUCAACUGAAUACAGUCCACCCCAUUCCAUCCCACCUCCAUGAGGAGAAAGUGCAGCAUCAGAGCACCAGUCAGUGAUGGAUUCACCUUAUCUUUGAAAUAAAGUAUAUGGGGCGCC